CGGAGACGGAAUAUUUAGAUGAGCCGUGAUUGACAGCUCCUGUUUCUCCAGCGCUCUCAGAAACUCUCCUGCUCCUUCCAGCAACUCUUCACUCUCCACUCCCGAGCACUACAAACAAACGGACGCUAGGGGAUCUUCAUGACGGCACUCCGCUGAUCGCUCUUCCUCUUUUGCGCUUUUAUUUAUUUUCUUUUAUUAGUUUAUCCCUGCGCGCGCUGGUUAAAUGCGCUGAUUUUAUCGAUCAGCCCGUUCUCUGCCCUCCCGCGUUCCUGUUCUGGAGAAGCUGUAAUAAUGUCCUAUCCUCAGGGUUACCUCUACCAGCCCCCGGGCUCCCUGGCGCUCUACUCCUGUCCGCUGGCCGCCCCGAGGAGCGAGGAGCUGGUCCGGUCCUCGUCCGGUUCAGCGUUCAGCCCGUACCCCGGAUCUGCGGCGUUCACCGCCUCGGCCAACGCGUUCUCCAGCCCUCUGCCCUAUUCCACAGAUCCAGCCACGGGAUUCCCGUCCUACAUGGGCUCUCCGUAUGACGCGCACACCACGGGAAUGGCAGGAGCCAUCAGUUAUCACCCGUACGGGAGCCCCGGGUACCCGUACCAGCUCAACGACCCCGCGUACCGGAAAAACGCCACGCGGGACGCGACGGCGACGCUAAAAGCGUGGCUCCAGGAGCACAGGAAAAACCCUUAUCCCACGAAAGGAGAAAAGAUCAUGCUGGCCAUCAUCACCAAGAUGACCCUCACGCAAGUGUCCACCUGGUUCGCCAAUGCCAGAAGAAGACUCAAGAAGGAGAACAAGAUGACAUGGGCACCACGGAAUAAAAGUGAGGACGAGGACGAGGACGACGGCGAUGGGGAGAGAAAAGACGAGCGCACGGAUAAAAACAUGGACAACAGUGAAGCGUCUGCUGAGGACGAAGGCAUCAGUUUGCACCUGACAGAUCACUCGUGCUCGGUAGAAUCUGACGGCGAGAAGGUCACGUGCAGAACCGGUGACCGGGUUUGUGAUUCUGGACUCGAUAGCAAGGACAAAUGCGACACUGGUGAUCUGGACACGGGCCGCGAGGACAGGCAGAGAGGCCCGUCACCAAAGCAGCUGACCUCUUCUCCUCUGACCGCGGUGGAGGCCCCUCUCUUGACCCAUCAUCACCGAGAGAACAGCACCAACAAAACAUGCCUGGACGGUCAAAACCAAAGCGUCAAGCCUAAGCUCUGGUCAUUAGCCGAGAUCGCCACCUCGGACCCAAAGCAGCAGCAGCAGCAGAACUGUCCCCCGGGUGUUGGCCUUUUGACCUCCACGGCGUCCACCGCGUCUCCAGCGGGCGCAGUGUACCCCGCCACCUCCAUAUUAGGAAGACCGCUUUAUUACACCUCGCCGUUUUAUAGUAGACCUAAUUAUACAAACUAUGGCAACUUCAGCCCGCUGCAGGGCCAAGGGAUACUGCGCUAUAACUCAGCUGGAGAGGGACUCCUGCACAAACAGAGCGGCGAGCCUCUGCUGAAGACCAAUCCAAACCAGACCGAACAACAUUUCAGGGCCUCCAAUGCAGAAUCCAAAAAAGACCCCAACGAGGUUUUCACAGUAAGAGCCCAGUCAUACCUGUCGAGUUAAAGACGAGAAGAUCUUUCAAGUAGGUGUCACAAUUGCUUUGAACAAAGCGACCCCCCACCCCCCACCCCCAUUAGCAUUUGCUCUUACGCGGAUCCUUCUGUGUGCCACUGUACACCCACGGACUACAGAGCACCUGCCUGUAAUAACACGUACGAUUAUGGAAAAGAAAAGAAAAGAAAUGAAAAGAAAAGAAAAUAAUUUUUUAAGGCACAAUAGCCAGUGGGGUUUGGAUGAACUGUUGACUGACUGAUGGAAGUACCUUAUCCCAACACAUGUGACUUUUCGAUGAGGAGACUUAUUUCUCAGGACCCCUGCAGUGGCUUCAGAGCCCCCAGUUGUACACAGGCGCGUGGGACAUUAGCCUCCUGUCAGACUUUCAGUGCUAGAGGUGUGAAGUGUAAACGAGAACUCGGGACUGGUAUAAACUUGACUAAGAGUGGAAUACAUUUGAUAUUUAUUUUUCUAAUGCCUAUAAUUUAUGCAAGUUGUAUUGCAAUGGUAUUUGAACAUUGUUUUGUUAAUAAAUCAUGAUUGGUUUUUAUUUAAAAAGCCGAAGUUACGCACUGUUGUUAACAAGGAGACUUUUACUAAUUUAUAUCUCUGAUUGUAAAUAAAAUGCGCUAGUCUGCACUGGCACCAUUUGGACUGCCCUGUUUUUCAAAAC